UUUCCUUCUCUUUUCCAAUUUGCAAUACACAAAAAAAUAUUUUUUUAAAGCGAAACCUAGAACAUAAAUUAUGCUCAACCGAAAUGGAAUUCCAUAGAAAAAGUACGGGUGUUUCGCUAACGAUCCUAAGAUCGCAAAGCUUUCCUUCCCUCUUAAGUGACCAAACUCCGGGCACUUACAUCCAUUCUGACAAUUGCGGCAGCAAUGCAGGCGGGAGUAAUGUCGCGUUGCAAUACUGCAGGAAUAAAGCUGGUGUGGUCUGAAUCCGAAGAGCACCUUUACGACAAGUGUGACUAGCAUGACCAAACUUAACGCAUAAGUCGCGCAAGAUAACAUCUUUCGUCUUUUUUCUAGAUUACAUCUUGUAUGGUGGCAGAAAGUGUAAUAAAAAAAAUAUCUAUUGUAUUCAAAAUCCAUAAAAAAAAACUUUGCAUGACCUCGCUAUAAUAUAAUGAAGUGAGGUUCCCAGUGGUUAAAAUAUCUAUUUUAUUUUUAAAAAUUUAACAUUUUGCACUAAAGCCAUUAAAAUGUACGAGUACUCCGGGAGAUUUAAACUAUAAUUUUUAAACUUUCUACUUAAAAGCAUGUUUACAAAACGAUUUAUGGUAAACCACCAUUAAACCCGAGCAUAUAGGUAAUUGAAAGCAGGUGAGUGUUAGGAGAAUUUUCAUUACUUCGUUUAACAUUAACUCAAUAGGAAAGCCAAGAUCCCACUUAUACCGGUAUCACUCUACACAAUAUUCAAACAACUGCAUCGCCCCCUGUCCAAAGCCACAUAACAAUUCUUGACCCUUCCAAAUUUCAAGCGCAAGAAACCCCAAUGCACCCACUCCCCACCAGUUGCUGGAUUCCCCGCCCCAUCUGGGUGCGGAGCUCAGUUCGGUUCGGGUUUUCUCGGGGUCGCACGUCGCAGGAAUUUCGGCGUUCUCGUAUUCGAAGUUGCCGAGAACUUAGUUCUCGUAAUUCAGUGAUUAUUACUGGUGCGUGCCUACAUUGAGGGUGAUACGUGAUUCUCGUUUUGGGUUGUGAAAGGCGAAGGUUAUGGAGUCCGUAGUCCAAUAUUUACUCCUAGCUCUGGCUCUGACCUCUGUGCAAAUAUCCUUCACCGAGAGCCGGCUAAAUGAGAAACGCCGCGAUAAAACUGAAAGGAGACACCACACGGCCCAGCUCAAUGAUAACAUCUGCGACAUAUCCGACAGAGAAUCCAAAGUGCAUUGCUAUUGUGAUAACAAUGAAGUAAAAACUGCAACAAAAGCUGAUUGUUGGGUCUUCAACGGUGGCAUUAACGAAACUGAUCUCAUUUGGUCAAGUUUCAAUUCACAACCACAUCUAGAAAAACUCAACUUCAACGUUAGAUCAAAUGGCGCUUUGAAAUUCAUCCCAUUACACGUGAUACACCAUUUGAAGAAGCUCCAAAAGUUGUACAUUCACUACGCAACCAUCAGUAAAAUAGAGAAGAGGACGUUCUCAAACAUGACCAUCUUGAGAGAGAUAAUGCUGACGAAUGACAAAAUAACAGAGUUAGAUUUUUCGUCGUUCACCAACUUACCGGCGCUUGUGAACCUAACUGUAAAAAAUAACAAAGUGACUGAGAUUCAGCGCGACGUGUUUGUGGAUUUGCCGGCUUUGCGAUACCUGGAUUUAUCGUUCAACAACAUUAAUCUGGCUCACGAAGGGUGUUUUGAGCAUCUGACGGUGCUGAGCGAUCUAAUCCUAGAAGGCAAUUCGAUUACCGUGCUCAGUAGAGAAACUUUCCGUGGGCUAGCUAAUUUGACACGUUUGGAUCUCAGAUCUAACAAGUUAACAAUGAUCGGAGAUUUCACCUUCGCCGAAUUGUGGAAUUUGAAUGAGCUCCUGUUGGAUAAUAAUGAGUUGGAAUAUUUACGUGAAAGAGCUUUUGACGGGCUCACUCUGCUUCAGAAAUUGUCUAUGACCGGGAAUAAAUUGAGGUCUAUAAAUGAUCGGCUUUUAGAAGGCGUUAGGGGACUUGAAUUAUUAGAUUUGAGGAACAAUGAGCUUGAGUUCUUUACGUUGGAUACGGUUAAACCGAUACUCGACAACUUGAAAGCGAAGACGUCGGUCCUUUAUCUGAGCGGUAACCAAUUAACUUGCGACUGUCGCUUGUCGUGGAUCCACGUACUGCGAAACGAGACAAAGAGCGAACCGCUCAUAAGCGCGCUAGAAGACGUGACCUGCAUUCAGAAACCUCGAGAACUCCCCAACAACAUCCCCCAAACUUUCGACCGACCACACAGUUUCGAAAUAGAAGCCAACGCUGACGUAUUCCAGCAAGACGAGGAAGAAAUCUACGAAGAAGCCAGUCCGGCGUACAAACUGGAAGCAACCGCUCCACCCACUGUUGAACAAGUUGUAGUAUUCGAUAUCCCUGUGCAAGCGUUAACGUGCUCGCAAGAAUUACCCCAAAACGGAGAAGACUCGUUAAUGUUGUCGUCAAAAGAUGAGAGCUACUGGCGACCGAGCUCAAGCUUCAAAAUCCUUUCAAACCUCUCAUUAGUUCUCACUCUAGUCACUAUAAGUUUUUUAAAUUAAACGCAAGCGAAACUGGACUUUAAGGGAACAAUGUGUUGCGCUUGCUUUGUAAGAUUUGUAAGUCUGCCGUUUCUUCUGUAGUUUGUAAUGAUGAAGACUGGUUAAUUGUAUUUAAUUAAAUUAUUUCGUAGCGAUAACUUUGGUGGUUGUGAGUCGGCAAUACGGUGCAACUGCUUUAAGUCCAGUGAGUUCAGGCAUCGCGGACAUUAUUGUUAUUUUUAGUUCGUUUUAACGAUACAAAAUAAUACAACGCAUUAUCAGAAGCGUGUUGAAAACUUUUGUGCAGAAAUACACGUUUUUAAUUGUGCGUUUUAGACCUAUGUUCGUAAUAAUCAUUAAUAUUUUUCUAAGUUGUUUAAUCAGGUUUCAAACCGAUUUAGUGACUAGAAAGGCUUUAAGAUUGCUAUUCAUACAGUAUAAUGAUCUGAAUAAGCGCUUCAAUUUUUCAAAAACUCUGGUGGCUGAACACACUGCAUCAUAAGAGUUGCUCUGAAAUCUUAGAAGAGUAAUGUUGGUCAAUUUUUUUUUCACGUGAUCUGGUUUCCUACACAUUUAAAUGUUCGGGUAUUUUGUGGUUGAAAUUAAGAUCGUCAAAUCGUUAUGCAAUUAUUUUAAGGCCCUUCGCAUACGUAUGAAAUUAGUAUAUGUAAUUAACGCUUUUUAAAAUUAACCAAAACAGAAAAGUAACAAGAAAAUGUUUAUUGACCUAAGUGUAAAAUCCUAAAUCAUGUAAAAAUUAAAUAUAAGUUUGAAAAUCUGAAUAAUUUUCCAUCUUCAGGACCUUUAUAGUUGUAAUAUAUUGAUUAGUUCUCCUUAGUCAUCUUCAUCUUCCUCGCGUUAUCCCGGCAUUUUGCCACUCACGGGAGCCUGGAGUCCGCUCGGCAAGUAAUCGCAAGAAUUGGCGUAGGCUAGUUUUUUUCUAAAUCCAUAGCCUCCCCAUGUGAAUUUGUUCUCCUUAGUAUAAUAAAACUUGGUUGUUACUUGGUUGUAUGCAGAAUUACCGCUAAAGUUGAGAAACUGUGACGGAGCUUUACUCAGAAACUAGAGAACUAAUUUCUAAAGCUUGGCUUUGGCGUACUUUAACUUGAUUAACCCAAUAUAAGGCAACUGUUGUACAUAGAACAAUAUUUGGAAAAUAUUAGAUGCUAUCAUAUAAGUCUUAAGAGCCCGGUAACGAUUUUAGACCAAAAAAUUUAAAUUGAUAGAUUUAAUCGUUGGAAUUGUACACCUUUUGUUACGUAAUAUCUAAAUAACAAGUAUUGGUUUCUAUUAGCACAUUUUUUUCAUCUUGCCUUUUAAUAAUGAGGUCGCAAACGUGCGUCCCCGGUAAUAGGUGACGAGAAGGGAUAGUUUUUAAAAAUUCAUCAAAAAAUUAUGGUAGUAAAUUAUACAAAAUGAUGUAUAAGAACAGUUUCAGCAAAUGUUGUAGAUUGUUUAAGUAUCAAAAUUACGUUUAAAUUAAGUCAAUUUUCAGAGAAAUUGUCACUUGUUUUGAAGUAAUUUCUGGAGAAAAUUGAUUUCGUUUAACUUUCAUUUACACUACUUCAAAUUUAUAAUAAGAAAAAUGUAUUUUAUAAAAAUUGAAGUACAGGAUAUGUGUACAUUACUAAUUAAGUGAGUCUGUUUAUAAAAAAAAAGAUUUAUUAUAAUGAAAGAUAACAAGACGUGCUAAUAGAAACCGGUACCAAUUUUAUGCCCUAAAUCUAUCAAUUUGACAUUUUUGCGACUAAAAUCGAUAACGGCCUCUUAAAGAAUAACGGUGACCCGCUAUAAAUAUUUAAAAUGGUAGAAAAAUGUUAAUUUUUUAAAAAACAGUCUCGUCAAAAACCCUAGAACAUGUAAAUGUAAUAAUAUAUGAUUUUAAUAGUUUAUACUAGUUUAAUAUUGCAGACUAAAAAUUAAAAAAUAAAAUUGUAUCUUGUGGUAUUUUUACCCAUGAGCGAGAAUUCAAGUAUUGAACCAAAGUCUUUUAAGUUCUAUAAAUCACUUAUAACACUUGACAAUAUAUAAUAUUAUACAUAGUUGGAUUUUCUGAGGUGUUUUUUUUGGAUUUAAACCCGUAAUCUGUUUAACACUAGUUAUUUGUUUUACAAGGGGGCAAAGUUGUUGUUUAAACGCUCGUGCAAAUAUUGAUACCCGAGCAAGUGAGAGAUUCCACAAUUCGAGAAGUGAAAUCUUGAGCGUUGCGAGGGUUUCAAGGCACGAGGGUUAAACAAACUUUGCCUCCGAAUGAAACACAAUUAUUAUUUUUACCAGAAACUAACGCUAAGACAAUACUAACUAUGAAAUACGAAAAAACUCAAACCAAAUCAAAUCCAAAUGAACGUAAUAAAAAAAAUAUUAUUGAAAAACCAUCAUUUAAAAGUCAAUUCUACCAGCUAACAUGAGGAAACAACUCAAAAUUUGAUUACUUUGCCCCACAUGUGGAUAAAAUGCAACUUUCUCAUUCAUUUUCCAACAAUCAAGAGUGCCAUUACCAGUUGGUGUGGUGAAAAAGGUAUUGUUUCUUUUACGCUGCGGUUACUACAGCGGUAUGGGACCAGGGGGCCUACCGCGAAAACCGAAAUUCGCAAAUUGCGGGAAUCUUUCUCUCUUACUCUUACAAAGACUUAAUUAGAGUGACAGAGAAAAAUGCCCGCAAUUGACGAACUCCGAUUUUCGCGGUUAUAGACCAUGCCCGUGUUAUCUUCGAAUGAGGUGUUACAUGAAUUUGAACCUUAUCAAUAGGACAAUGAAAUUGAGGUAAACGGGUUUGUUCCCGUUCACUCAUGAUGGAUUCAGUACUUAUAGCAGUAGUAACCGCUGCGUAAAACAAACAAUACUUUUUGUUUAACUGAUUAGGAGUUAAAGUCCAGAAAAUCACCUUAGAAAAUUCCAAAUAUUUAACAUUUUAACCAAAGGGGUAUUUUAUCGUCAGUUGUCAAUAAGGCGCUAUUUCCAUAAAGCUUCAAUUUGAAAUCAACCUUAUCGACAACAGACAAUGUGGCAACUUUUAGUUAAAAACGUCACACAUAAGUGCCCCGUACCACAGAAUAAAUAAUAGUAUUAUCGUACAGAAAGAAAACUUCCUACAAAGCCGCAGUUUUAGAGCGAUUCAUGGCCGAAUAAUGUUGUCCCUUUCUAAUGCAUGGAACUAUCGCUUUCGGCUAUUUAGGAUUGUCAAAAUUCAUGUUAUUAUCUUAUCUGUGGUUGUGCACGCAAAGGAACGUCAAGUUUUUUUUAUACUACGUCGAUGGCAAAGAAGCAACCACGCCAAGUUUGCCAACCCUAAUAAUUGCUCGGAGCAAUGCUGAGCCGAACGGAACCGAGAAAAGCCGAACUCUCUAGUUUCCUCCCCCUGUCCGUACUUCAUACUCCCAGUAAAUCCCGAUUAAAAUAGUUGUUGUAAUAUAUUGUACUGUAAGCUAGAAAACUAUUGUCAAUUCUGUGAAUUACUUGUAUUUCUUAUAUUUAUUGUAUAUUUAGCAAGUUAUACCUAUAAUUUGCGCUGCUGAUAUCUGUCUGUGUAAGUCAUAGUGUAGGAAUAUUAUAAUUAUCCAGACCUAGAUUUUGUCAUACUAAGAUUACCAGUGAUCGGUUUUAAUUAUAAGACCCCUUGUGUACAUCCUUAUAUUUAAUAAGAGCUUUAUUGACUCAAAUUAGGUAAAAUAAGAGCUGUAAAUAUAUUACCUAGAUUUAAAUUAAAAAUAACCAUCAAAUUUGGAAUGAGAAAAUAAAGUAAAUAAUUAAAAGUA